CUUGGAAGAAGACUUCAUCACCUGGAGAGAGCAGUUCUGGCCAGCAGUGUGUGAGCACUUUGGGGUGGAGGCGACAGGAGAAGAGUCCAGCAUCCGCCAGUACGAGCUGGUGGUGCACACAGAUGUGAACAUGAACAGGGUCUACACCGGUGAGAUGGGUCGUCUGAAGAGCUACGAGAACCAGAAGCCACCGUUUGAUGCCAAGAACCCCUUCCUGGCCCAGGUUACGGAGAACCGCAAGCUGAACGAAGGUGGAGAGCGACACCUUAUGCACCUGGAGCUGGAUAUCUCCAAUUCCAAAAUCAGGUACGAGUCUGGGGACCACGUGGCGGUGUACCCAGCCAACGACUCUUCUCUGGUCAAUCAGAUUGGUGAGAUCCUGGGCGUGGAUCUGGACACGAUCAUGUCCCUAAACAACUUGGACGAGGAAUCCAAUAAGAAACAUCCCUUCCCCUGCCCCACGUCGUACCGAACAGCCCUGAUGUACUACCUGGACAUCACCAACCCGCCCCGCACCAACGUCCUCUACGAGCUGGCCCAGUACGCCACAGACGCUGGCGAGCAGGAGCGCCUCCGCAAAAUGGCAUCGUCUGCUGCCGAGGGGAAGGCUCUCUACCUCAGCUGGGUGGUGGAGGCCCGGAGGAACAUCCUGGCCAUCCUGCAGGACAUGCCCUCGCUGCGGCCCCCCAUCGACCACCUGUGCGAGCUCCUGCCCCGCCUGCAGGCCCGCUACUACUCCAUCGCCUCCUCCUCCAAGGUUCACCCCAACGCCAUCCACAUCUGCGCUGUGACGGUGGAGUACGAGACCAAGACGGGACGCCUGAACAAAGGAGUGGCCACCAACUGGCUCAAGAGCAAGGUGCCCGCUGAGAACGGGAGCAACUGCCUGGUGCCCAUGUACGUCAGGAAGUCGCAGUUUCGCCUGCCCUUCAAGCCCAGCACGCCCGUCAUCAUGAUCGGCCCGGGCACUGGCGUAGCCCCCUUCAUCGGCUUCAUUCAGGAGCGCGCCUGGCUGAAGCAGCAAGGCAAAGAGGUGGGCGAGACGGUGCUUUACUCCGGCUGCCGCCGGGAGCGGGAGGACUACCUGUACCGCGAGGAGCUGGCCCGCUUCCAGCAGGAGGGAGUCCUCAGCCAGCUCAACGUCGCCUUCUCCAGGGACCAGGCCGAGAAGGUUUACGUUCAGCACUUGCUGAAGAAAAACAAGGAAAACAUCUGGAAGCUGCUUAACGAGGGGAACGCUCAUAUCUACGUGUGCGGUGACGCUCGCAACAUGGCCCGGGACGUGCAGAACACCUUCUACGAGAUCGUGGGGGAAUUCGGGAACAUGACCCAGCCCCAGGCCGUGGACUAUGUAAAGAAGCUGAUGACGAAGGGCCGGUAUUCCCUGGACGUCUGGAGCUAA